AUGAGUGCAUCGGAGAAUCACUGCCGCUUCCAAAAGGAGGUGGACAAAUUUUUUGAUGCGCUUCGAGAACGAACGCUGCGGGACCACCCGCAAGAAUUAUGUGAAUAUUUGAUGGAGAACGUCAACAAAGUUGCAGCGGAAUUGAGGGAGGAAGUGUGCGAACGCAUCCCCGAUGCCGUCUCACCGGAAUUGCGAGGUCGGGCCCUCACCAUCGUGGUACUCGGUGCAAGCGGGGACUUGGCCAAAAAGAAGACCUUUCCGGCGCUUUUUCAGUUGUACUGCAACGGCAUGCUACCUCGGGAUGUCAACAUUCUCGGGUAUGCCCGCUCCACAAUGGAGGAUGUGGAAAAGUGGAAAAAGGACACGCUUGCCGGAUUCUUUACUCGUCUGGAUGAGCGCGGAUGUCAUGUGGGUAACUUUUUGAGACGGAUCAGUUACAUGACCGGGUCGUAUGAUCGCGACGAGGACUUUGCACGCCUGAACGAGAGGAUUCUUCAGAUGGAAGAGGCCUUCCAGGGGCCGGAAAAGGGGGGAAAUCGCCUUUUUUACCUUGCGCUGCCACCUUCCGUUUUUGUGGGCGUUUGCCGAGGUCUCAGCAAAGGGGCGAUGCAAAAGCCGGAAUUGGGUUGGGUCCGUCUCAUUGUUGAGAAGCCCUUUGGCCGGGACACGGAGACCUCCGAGCAGCUCUCAAAUCAGCUGAAGCCUCUCUUCAAUGAACGCCAGGUAUUCCGCAUUGACCACUACUUGGGGAAGGAAAUGGUGCAGAAUAUUAUUGUCACUCGUUUUGCUAACCGCGUUUUUAGCGCGCUGUGGAACAG